AGGCGGUGCCGCGCCCUCCGUUGAAAAGCUUCACUGGCCACGUUGGCGUUGCCGACGUUUCAGCGCAGGGAGCUAUGGCUAUGCGCCAGCCCCUAUGGUAUCAUCAUCAUUCAUGCUUGUUUUCGUUCUCCAAUUUACUUGGUAAUCAAAUCAAAUGCUCUGUUAGCUUUAGGUGGUGAUGGUGGUGGUGGCAACUGCAAGUGCGAGAGGCGUGCCUCCCAAGAGGCGCCACGUCAUCACCAGCACCAGCGGCAGUAGAUUCUUCAGCUGGAAGCUCCUCAUCCUGCUCUGCGUUUCACUCUCCUGCGUCGUCGUUUUGGCCUCUCUAUUUUCUCUUCACUCCUCUUACCUCUCCAACGCUGAUAGCUCCAACCACUUCAAGGUAACGCGAUCAACGGUUUCUAGAACCUUCCACGGCCCCCCUAAGAUCGCCUUCUUGUUCCUCGUUCGCCAAAACAUCCCCCUUGAUUUCCUCUGGCAUGUCUUCUUCAAGAACGGUAACGUUGCCAAGUUCUCGAUUUACGUUCAUUCGGCGCCAGGGUUCGUGUUGGAUGAGUCAACUACGAGGUCCAGCUUCUUCUAUGGUACACAAAUCUCCAAUGUCAUUCAGGUUUCAUGGGGAGAAUCAAGUAUGAUUCAGGCUGAAAGGUUGUUACUGGCGGCAGCACUAGAUGACCCUGCAAAUCAAAGAUUUGUUCUUCUCUCAGAUAGCUGUGUUCCUCUGUACAACUUCUCGUAUGUGUAUAAUUAUGUCAUGGUUUCUCAAAGGAGCUUUGUGGACAGCUUUCUUGAUGUGAAGGAUGGCCGCUACAACCCGAAAAUGUCACCUAAAAUACCAAGGGAAAAAUGGCGUAAAGGGUCACAGUGGUUCACUGUAGUACGUAGUCAUGCAGAAAUAAUUGUUGAUGAUGAUGUUAUCUUCCCUGUCUUCAAUAAGCAUUGUAAGAGACGUCCACCAAUUGAUAACAGAAAGGGAAAGCUGAAUCUUAAAAUUCAGAAGCAGCACAACUGUAUUCCAGAUGAACACUAUGUUCAGACAUUGCUUGCAAUGCAUGGUCUUGAAGGUCAACUUGAACGUAGAACGUUGACCUAUACCCUGUGGAACCAGUCUACAACAAAGAUGGAGAAUAAAGGCUGGCAUCCUAUUACUUUCAGCUAUGCAAAUGCUAGCCCUCAAAGGAUAAAGGAAAUGAAGAGCAUCAAUCAUGUAUAUUAUGAGACGGAGUUUAGGACAGAAUGGUGUCGUGUGAAUUCAACAUCGGUUCCGUGCUUUUUAUUUGCUAGGAAGUUCUCUAAGGGAGCUGCCAUGCGCUUAUUGAGCGACGAAGUUGUUGGUCACUUCCAAGUUUCUGCAGUGUUGGACACUCCCCCAUGACAUGUUCACAUACAAAUUAGUGAAAUUACUGACCUACUUUCACAUAUACUUGGGACCUCAAAUGGGAUUGGUAUACACAGAAUAGCAUACUCCGCAGUUCACACACAGAUUUUGAAGACCCUAGUAACAACAUAUUCCUAGGUAGCUGUGGCUGAAUCAGUUAAUUUGGAUGUAACAAUCUAAUAGGACCAUAUUUUAUCUGGGUUUAGCUAAUAGGUUUUACGUAUCUAUCACGUGUAGUACAGUUAUCAGUUGCAUAGAGUGAUAAUUACAGUAUAAAGAGAAGCAUUUUUCUUUUUA